CCCAGAGUACCGUACGUACGAGUGUACCAAACCACCAACACCAACACCAUCCACCAAUCCGCAGACAAGAAAAUCGCCAACCUCGAUAUGCGCCUGCGAAGCGGAGUCGUCGUCGAUGUGCAAAAACCUCGUCCGCUACAGCGGGCAUGUUGGCAAUGCCGAACGGCACAGGAAAGAGUAAGAUCAUAUCUCCAGACCGCCGCAGGACUCGUACCAAACUGCAGGUAAACGAUUUCGGCAUACUGACUCAGCCUGAACUAUACAGACCAAUCCCAAGAAAUCAAUCUACGAAUGCGAUCCCCGCUGCAUAGUCGCCAACUUCGAACAACGCAAGAUCCCCGAGAAAGUCCUCACUUCCUUUCCCAAAAUCGUCGGUCUCGGGACCUCAGAGUUCAUCCUCCCCGCCUCAUUAGGAAUUUAUCUCAAGAUCCAGAAACAAUAUACGAGCGGCGAGGACUUUCCCAUUCGCUUCUUUGACCCUUCGCUCAUAUGGCUGGAUCCACAGAGACCGCCGCCGUAUUAUGCGGCAAUUGCGUAUAUACGGAAGUACCGCGCGAGUCUGGUAGAAUGGGGAAACUGGUACGAACCACGGACAUUGAUAAUCAUGGGCGAAUUUCUCGCCUGGCAGGAAACCAGGAUUAAAGAGGCGGUCAAGUGCCAGAGGCAUUUAACGGAAGAGGUUUUGAUAUUAGCUUCCGUGUUCAGGAUUUUGGCUUAUAGUCAUGAGUUGGUACAAGUGUGGUUCAAUCUUGGGGACGCAGAGGAAUUCCAGUUCGAGGGAAUGUUCAAUUCAAUACCCAAAUCUAUCACCUUCCCCGGCGAAGAUCCCGUCAUCUCGAUAUCUACGUGCGAGGAACCACCGACCGACUCAGAGGAAUCUGUCGACAUCUCUAUGCUCCUCUCCACCAUCAUGCAACAACUUCAAACCAUGAUACUCCGUCGAAAGCCCUCCGAUUGGCCAAUAAUCAUAGCCGUCCUCUCGAUUCUCAAACUGUCAGAGAAUUCAUUAAGCUGUGGUCUGCGAUACUUUUCGCCCUUCGAGAAUGCACCCCGUUUUGAACACGCCUUGAACUCGCUAUGUGUCCUGUUCGAUUGUAUAGAUGGGCGACAUCCGUUGUCAGAAGAGUGGAGCGCAUCUCAUUACAAGAGUCUUGUGGGCACCAAUAGUUUGGCAUUCUCCUGGUGUGAGUUGCUAAGAGAUUUGGCGGUGGAUAACGACGAUGUAUGGGAUCACGGUCAGUUAAUCGACAAGAUCGACUCGUUUAUUUCGAAUGCCUGAUUUGAGGGUUACCUUUUCUAAAGGCGGGAGAAACAAACUCGUGAUAUUGUAUAUACCCAGGAGACCUUCCGGAACAGGAUUUGCGGCACGGCACGGCAUCGCCAGGAGGCUCUGAUCUUUUUUUUUUUGCUUUUCACUGUUAGCUUGGCGCAUCUACAAUAUACCCCUCGGAGUUUAAGGAGCUUUGUUCUUUCAUGGGCGGGGAUUUUCUGGGAAAGG